AUGCGGCGCUGGUUACUGGACAACACAUGCAGAAUCACUCUCAUUUUAGAUUUACAACGGUAUGUUGCUUCUACACCUAACGAUAGUACCGAUCAUAGUUCAGGGAAGAGAGAUUCAAAGUCAAGAGUAUCCUUUGGCAUUGAUCAGAAAAAACUUGAUCUCAUGCUUAAUCUUCAUGAGGCUGACUUUGGUGCAAUGGUAAAAGCUACAAGAAAUGCCCUAGCGAAGGAAAAGAAAUGGAGAGAAGCUACUAUUGGUGAUGUUUCCCAUACAAAAGAUAAUAAUUCAAAUAUUGAGAAGUCUGAAAAAGAUACAGUUUCAACAGUAACACACACUAAAGAUGGAGAUGUUGAUACGAGUCCAGGUCCUUCUUCUAGUAUGGAGAAUAACAAAGAUGAUAUUGAAGCUGGUAAAAAAUGGAUGGAAAGUAGAACUGUUCGAGGAAUUGUUGGGGCAGGAGCGGCUCAUGAUACCAACUCUAUGUUUGUUGUUCAACAACAGCGAAAAGCGGAAGGUGCCAGAUUUAGUUUAAUGGAUGCUUUACGUGAUUGUGUUUUAUCUGGAAAUUGGGCUAAAGCAAUGCGUUUAUUUGAAUCAGCAAUUGAAACCAGUUAUAAGAGUAUUCGUGGUAACUCUUUUACGGCAUCUUCAUCUAUUAUGAAUAAGAACUUGGAAAAAGAAGAUCUUGAUGCACUUCGUCGUAUUAAUGCUACAACACCACCAGGGGCUAUUUCCAUAAAUUUACCAAACCAUCGCGGUAUAUUACGCUGGGGAGGUGGUCAUUAUUAUUUACUAUUAAAGCUACUUCUUAGUAGACACCGAGUCACAGAGGCUGAAAGAGUUUGGGAAGUAAUGAAGGGAAUUGGAUUUGUUGAAUUUCACAUGGAUGAACGUUUGUUUAAUCAAUGUAUUGCCUUGGCUCGUAAGACUCCCUCAUCUGAUAUUGUGUUGCCUCUCGUAGAAUCCAAAAAAGAUUUGGAAGAUCAAAAUAAAACAUUUCGUAGAACAUUUGUAAUUGAACUGGAACAAUGGGCAAAACAGAAAGAGUUACAGUUAGAUGCACGUAGUAAACAUACCACUCAAGCGGCUCGUCUUGCGCAGAUGAUAAAAAAUAGUGAACACACAAAAGAAAUGGAAAGUAGUAUGUCUGGAUUAGACACAGAUGGUCUUAAGGUGGGAGACUUUAGUGGCCUUCUUCGUCGAUGUGUCUCUGAAGAAAACACUUCACGUGUAUUGCAAAUGAUGGAUAAAUUGAAUAUUCCACGUGAUGGUCAAAUUUAUAGUGCCCUUAUUGCGGCUCUUCGAAAUCCAAAUUAUCGUUUAGCCGGCGACACUAUUUCCACUGAAAGUAAUGCCGGAAACACGAAGGAGGAAUUUGACGCCCACCGUAAACGACGCAUUGAACGGGCAUCUGAGUGGUUUGCGGCAUGUCCUGAGAGCGAACGUACGGCGGAUGUUUACAAUGAGAUGCUACAUAUCACUCGAGGUGGUAAAGACGAAGAUGAAAUGUUUAAUCGUCUCUUGAUUGAGUUCCGCGGUGCCCCAUUACUCCCACCUACCGCUACCACUACUACUACUACUUCCUCAACAGAGACUUCGGCCACAAUGAGUGAAGAUUCCAUCACAUUGGUUCCCCCGCAGUGGCGCGUCCCUCCUAACGGACACACAUAUGAGAUACUUGUAAUGCACUAUAUACAUCUACAGCAGUGGCCCGUUGUUUGGGCGCUCUAUGAUGAAAUGAACGGCCGUCGUAUUCGGGGAACUCAACGUCUCUUUCACACAUUGCUUAAUGUGGCCCACCGCGCUCCACCGCACAAUCGUGACCCACACGUAGUCGUUAUGGGGAUUUAUGAUGAUAUGAAACGUUCUGGUGUAGAUGUAACGGGUAUAAAAAGUACGGUGAAUGUUGUUAACGCUUGGUGUGCUACCCGUCGUAGGCGGCGGUGGUGA